AUGAAAACCUGCUAUUAUGUAUUAUUAGAUGUCGACAACAAUGCCUCAGACGCAGAGUUAAAAAAGGCUUAUCGUAAAAAAGCCUUACAAUAUCAUCCAGAUAAAAAUCCAGAUCGUGUUGAAGAGGCUACUGAAAUAUUUGCUUCAAUUAGAGCUGCCUAUGAAGUGCUAUCUGAUCCGCAAGAAAGAGCCUGGUAUGAUUCUCAUAGAGAACAAAUAUUAAGUGAUACUCCCAUUGGUGGUGGUGAUGAUGAAUACGAAGAGUAUGAAGUAGAUUCUUCAGUUACUGGUAUUACUACAGAAGAAUUGUUAAUGUUCUUCAAUUCGUCAUUAUAUACAAAAAUAGAUAAUUCGCCUGCUGGGAUAUAUCAAAUUGCAGGUAAAAUAUUUGCUAAACUAGCGAAAGAUGAAGUAUUGAAUGGAAGACGAUUAGGUCUUGAUAAAUUCUCAAAAUAUGAGGACGAUCAUUUUGAAGAAGAUAUGUCCAAAACGGGAUAUUUAAGAAGUGUAGAUGAUCGGGGAUUUGACAUAACCAAUGAGAAAUAUUUGUUCCCAAUGUUUGGAUAUUCGACAUCGAAUUAUGAAUAUCUUAAAACUUUCUACAAAAAAUGGGCAAGUUUUAAUACUUUGAAGAGUUUUAGUUGGAAGGAUGAAUUUAUGUACUCUAGAACCUAUGAUAGACGAACUAAAAGGGAGAUUAAUAAAAGAAAUGAAAAAUCAAGAAUGCUAGCAAGGAAUGAAUAUAACAAAACAGUUAAACGUUUUGUUACAUUUAUUAAGAAGUUAGAUAAGAGAAUGAAAAUCGGUGCCAAGUUAGCACAGGAGGCUAAAAAGAAUUCUGUUGAGCAAAAUAAAGAUAAAAUGAAAACGAAUAGCGGUAAUAGAGUUUCUAACAAUAAAAUUCCUGAAUUCGAACCACAAAGCUGGCAAUCUGUCGAAGAACCAGAUUGGGACAAAGUUCAACAGAGCUAUGAAAAAGAGUUGAAUGCAGAAUACAAUAAUGGUGAUGAUCUAGAGAAUGAUGAAGUAUUCAAUAAUUAUCAAAAUGUUAAAACAGCACCUAAGAGUAGCGCUUUUAAAGGAAACAAUAAUUCUGAUGAUAACUUGGAAGAGAUCCUUAUUUAUGAAUGUUUCAUAUGUAAUAAAACAUUUAAAUCUGAGAAGCAAUUAGAAAAUCAUGUUGAAACGAAAAUGCAUAAGAAGAAUGUUAGAAAACUUCAAUGGGAGAUGAAGAAGGAAAGUUUAGAACUUGGCCUAGAUGGAGUUUCUGAUUUUGAUGAUUUUGAUUCUGCGGAAAGUGAGAUUGAUGAUGAUAAAGAGAAUAUGCCCCCUCUUAACCCGAACGAGAAUGCAUUCGGAACUAUAAAUGUUGAUGCCCUUAAUGAUGAAAUAGCGGACCUAGAGAGACAAUUAGCUGAGCAUGAUUUAUUGGAUAGCAGUGAUUCCGAAGAGUCAGAAGAGUUGGAUAUAGUAAUUGAGGAGCAAUUCGAAACAACGGCAGCUGUUGAUGAGAUAAAAAUACUAUCUGAGUCGGAAUCGGAGGAAUCGGAGGAAAUAGAGAGUGAUGAUGGUGUUGAUCUGCGGAAUGAAGAACUUGAAAAGCUACUUGCUUCAUUAAAUGGUGAGACUCUUGGAUUGAAUGACAAUGAUAGUGAAAAUGAAGAUGAUGACGAUUGGAGUACUAAGAAGAAGAAGAAAUCAAAAGCCAAAAAUAAAAAAAACAAAGAGGUAAAACCCAAAAACUCUGGAUCAAAUUCAAACGAGUUUCUGCCAUCAACACCAGUAAACGGUGGCAAUGUGUUAGACUCUGAAGGAGCAGUGGAUUGUGCUACAUGUGGUGCAUCAUUCGGUAGUCGUAAUAAGCUAUUUAUCCAUGUAAAACAAUCUGGACAUGCGACUCCACCAAGCAGAGUGGAGACGAAUGUGAAAGGAUCCAAGAGGAAAAAUAAGAAGAAGAACAGAAAAUGA